AUAGUUUCUAGGCCACCAGGGGCAUCAAACGCCAACCUACAUUUUCAAAUGGCGCUAUAUAUGAUGCUACCAUAGGCGUAAACGCAAUCAAGGGAUAGAUGACCCUGGGGCAAACUGCGUCCGCUUCAAGCGAACAGAAAAGUAUGCCAGCUCGAAAAAAGCACUCGACUGCCCGUCGUAACUCAAAACAUCCUCAUUCCUUAUCGUUCUCAAAAUCCUUCUCUAAGGUCCAAGCUAUAUCGAUCUUAGCUCUGUCCUUUGGAUUAGCCCUGUUUAAAUGGACGGGUGAUAAUCCUAUCGGACUUAAUCAUUAUGCUGGGAACUAUGUGAACUGGGAUAUUCGACGAGAAAAAGUGAAAAAUGCUUUCGUCACCAGCUGGGAUGCGUAUUCCGCCAAUGCCUGGGGUUACGAUAGGUACCAUCCUAUCUCGGAAAAGGGUUCCCAGAUGAGCCCCGGCGGAUUGGGAUGGAUUAUAGUCGAUAGCCUUGACACAAUCAUGCUCAUGAACCUUACCGACCGUUUAGUUGAACCUCGGAAAUGGCUGCAGCGCAAGCUCAACUACGACCAGGACCAAGACGUAAACACAUUCGAGACGACUAUCCGCAUGCUUGGAGGACUAUUGUCCGCGCACUACCUGAGUACGAAGCUGCCCUAUGCUGCAUCUCGUAGAGAUUCCGUAUAUCUGUCCAAGGCAGUGGAACUGGCUGACAGAUUGCUACCGGCCUACGAAUCACGCUCCGGUAUUCCUUAUGCUAGCGUGCAUCUAUCUAAAGCGAAGGGUGUCGUGUCCCAUGCAGACGGGGGGUCAUCGUCUACUGCUGAGGCUGGCACACUUCAGCUCGAGAUGAAGUAUCUUUCUUACCUAACGGGGAAUGAUACUUAUUGGCGGAAAGCUGAAAGAGUCAUGAAGGUUCUCGAUGACAAUCACGCUGAAGACGGCCUUGUCCCUAUUUUCGUACAUCCGGAAUCAGGAAGGUUUACUUCGAGAGAAAUUCGGCUCGGGAGUCGAGGCGACUCAUAUUACGAAUACUUAGUCAAACAAUUUCUACAAACCUCCGGGCAGGAGCCUGUUUACCAAGAGAUGUGGGAAGAGGCCUUGGAAGGGAUUCAAAAACACCUUAUCACGACUACCAAGAAUUCAGGCCUCAAGUUCGUCGCCGAACUCCCGCAAGGAAUCGACGGGCCACUGUCGCCUAAGAUGGAUCACCUUGUCUGCUUCUUACCCGGAUCGAUUGCUCUCGGCGCCACCCGGGGUCAUACCCUAUCCGAGGCACGCACGUGGGCCAGCUGGGACGAGAAAAAGGAGGAACAAAUCCAGCUCGCGCGCGAUCUGAUGAAGACAUGCUGGGGUAUGUACGUUGUGACGGAGACAGGUCUUGCGCCUGAGAUUGCAUGGUUCCACGCUGAGGAGGAGGACCUUCGGCCGGCACCUGGCGACCGACCCCUAGCGCCCACGAGGAAUUCGUUGGCGGCGUGGAAGAAGGACUACAUCGUGAAACCGCUGGACGCGCACAACUUGCAACGACCGGAGACCGUCGAAAGUCUGUUCAUGAUGUGGCGUAUCACCGAAGACCCCGUCUAUCGCGAAUGGGGCUGGAAGAUAUUCGACGCGUUCGAGAAGCAUACCAAGCUAAGCCAACACCAGGGCUACACUUCUGUGGACAAUGUGAACGCCGUCCCGCCACCUCCGAGAGACAAUAUGGAAAGCUUUUGGCUGGUAAGUUAUCACAACACAACAUCUAGCAUCAUGACCGUCUCCGCUUGUCUUCCUCCAAAAUACGAGCUUACAUUGUAUGGUUUUCCAGGCAGAAACUCUGAAAUAUCUAUAUCUCCUAUUCAGCCCUAGCGACUUCAUUCCUCUCACUGAAGUUGUAUUCAAUACCGAGGCACACAUUUUUCCAGUUCUUGAUAAAGCCAAGUGGCAAACGGGAUGGAGUAGAGGUUGACAAACCUUGUAACGGUAAAUUUUUACACUCUGCCAAGUCAACGACAAGAAUAUGCAUGAUUUUGAUAUCCUUUUUUAUAACCGGCCAGGUCUUCGGAAGGGUAGAUGGACUGCUCUUAUAUUA